GGCAGUCGCCUGGACAUGGCUGACGGCGGGUGCUGGCGGCCGCCGCGCCCCUGCGAGGCCUACCGCGCGGAGUGGGAGCUCUGCCGCAGCGCCGGGCACUUCCUGCACCACUACUAUGUCCACGGCGAGCGGCCGGCCUGCGAGCAAUGGCGGCGCGACCUGGCCAGCUGCCGAGAGUGGGAGGAACGCCGGAGCGCCGAAGCCCAGCGGUCCCUCUGUGAGAGCGAGCGUGCGAGAGUCCAGGCUGCACGGAAGCAUGCCCUCGUGUGGGCCCCAAGGCAGAGCCCCCCUGCAGACUGGCACCUCCCUCUGCCGCAGGAGAAAGACGAAUGACGAGCACCCCUGCAUGGCUUCCUCCCGUCUCUUUCAAGUGGGGCUGUCACACAACCCUAAGGACUGUGACCAGCCCAAACAGUUGAGUGGCUUCCUGGGAGCUUCGACCUGGCUUGGAACACGAUGCCCGACAGCUCCAGUCCUGCCUGGCCGGCCCUCCCCUGCGUCCAGGGUGCUCUGCUGCUGCCAUCCUCUGAAAGAGCUUCCAGGAAGCCGAGCACCGUCGCAGAUCCCUGUGAGCAGCCAGGUCAGUCUGGCUCAUGCUCGCCCCUGGGGACAGCAGCAUGGGAGCUGGCCAUCCCAGGGUUUGGAAUCCUCAGGUAAAUCUUGAGUGGUAGCCCUGACCCGUCUGGACACAGAGGGGUCAGAAUGAGGUAGCUAAAGGGUUGUGCUGCCGUGAACACCUUCCCUGGCCCUGGCUUGUUGAUGACCAUGCAUUGCCAGCCACUGGUGCUCACACUCAGCUACGGCCCACUUGUUCAGUUCCUCUGCAGACACAGGCAGGGCGUGCCUCUGGACCAGGCUCACACGUAGGCCCCUUGGUGACUGUGGUGUUUAAGAAAUGCACACAGCUACAGAACACACAGCCUUGCAUAAAAAGGGUUCAUGGACUCUUGGCUUAAGAAACCCAAGCCCAAGACACAUGGAAUUUUGAUCUUCCCUCAGAAUUUCCCCUGCUCAUUUUUAGAAAAUGUGGAACAUAUCAAAAGCCAUUUCCCACGUUUGAUUCCAAGUAGAAGCUGAAAAGUAAAUCCACAAUUUAAUUGUUGAAAUUGUUAGAUUUUGCAUCUGACAUUGUUGUGCUCGGACGGUGUUAGACUUUUGUAUGCUUAUACUCUUGUAGAUGUUUUUAAAAUAGAUGUAUAUGAACCAACAA